AUGAAUCUCCUACACUCCUUCGCCGAUAAGGUGCGGGAUAGGAUCACCCCUGUUUCACACACGUCGACAUUUCGAUCAACAGGACAGCUCACACCCGAAGAGUUCCUGCUCGCUGGCGACUACCUGGUAUACAAGUUCCCCUCCUGGUCAUGGUCGGACGCGAGUUCACCUGCGCGGAGAGUAAACUACCUACCCGAAGGCAAACAAUUCCUGGUCACGAGGGGUGUGCCAUGUCACAGACGACUGGACGACAACUUUACAGGGGCGGGUGGGGCGGCUGACGACUUGGUGCGUGAUGGCUUCCUCGGUGGCCCAGAGGAGGAAGGCGAGGACGACGGCUGGCUGCGGACUGGCGGCGCAAGCGAGAAAGAGCAAGAACGACUUCGCGGCCAAGUAACGACCAUGACAGACAGUGGCAUGGUCGGCAAGAAAGCAGAGGAAGAAGAUGACGAGAUACCAGAUAUGGAAGACGACGAUGAUGACAACGAGGCUAUCAUCCGCGAUAAGUCGCAACCCGGCGCAGCACCUUUACGCACAUACACAUUGUACAUCUCAUACACACCGUACUACCGAACCCCACGCUUCUGGCUGUCGGGCUACCUGUCACCGUCCGCCCCACUACCUCCGCAAGCAAUGAUGGAGGACAUUGUGGGCGAUUACAAAGACAAGACUGUCACGCUCGAGGACUUCCCGUUUUUCGAUAACUCCGUCAAGAUGGCUUCCAUCCAUCCCUGCAAACAUGCGUCUGUCAUGAAGAUCUUGCUAGACCGGGCUGAUGCCGCGCUGAAGCUGCGAUUGCAGAAGGCAAAAGCUGGCGAAGCACCUGGAAAGGCAGUGACGGGCAUGGAAGGACUUAUUGACGAUACAAGAGGAAUGAGUCUGGCGGAGAAACAGAAGCAGGCCCACGAGGCAGGCGUCAAAGCUGCAACUGGUGGCGCUGGUGGUGAUGAGUGGGAGGUCCUUGAGCAAGGUGAGGAGACCGAAGAGGAAGAAGGCAAGGUUGCGAUCAGGGUGGAUCAGUAUCUGGUGGUGUUCUUGAAGUUCAUGGCAAGCGUUACGCCUGGGAUUGAACAUGACUUUACGAUGGGCGUUUGA